CUUCCCCACCUCACAAACCCAACACAAGCCAUAAGCAACACAAGAAGCCUCGAGCUUCAUCACCGUCUUUUCCAGCCACAACAAUUUCAAAGCACUCACUUGGAGCCCCAGACAUAAUCAGCUACAUGGCGAUGACCUAUGCCGAGCUCGUGUUCAUCCCAUCCCCUGGCAUGGGCCAUCUCAUAUCGAUGGUCGAGAUGGCCAAGCUCCUCGUCGACCGCGACCCCUGCCUCUCUGCCACCGUCCUCGUCAUGAAGCUUCCAAUCGACUCCGAAGUUGACUUGUACACAAAGUCACUUGCCACCUCCGUGGCCGCCACCCGUAUCCGCUUCGUCCACCUCCCGCGUGUAAACACAGACACCAAGAUCUCCUCAGGCAAUUUCCUCACCCACUUUAUGGAAAGCAACAAGCCCCACGUCAAGCAGGCUGUCGCCAACCUCGCUGACUCGACUGGCUCGACCCGGCGGUUUGCGGGGUUCGUUAACGACAUGUUCUGCACCACCAUGAUCGACCUGGCAGACGAGUUUGGAGUCCCAUCCUACGUCUUCUUCACGUCGAGCACCGCGUUCCUUGGGCUAAUGCUGCACCUCCAGUCGCUCCAAGACGAGCAACACGUGGACAUAACCAAAUUCAAGGACUCGGUUGCCGAGCUGGACUUCCCGAGUUUCAGGAACCCGUUGCCAGCCAAGGUCUUACCGUCCGUGGUUCUGGCGAAGGAGGCGGUCCAACCAUUUCUGGAGCACGCCAAGAGGAUAAGAGCGAUAAAGGGAAUUAUCAUUAAUACGUUCGACGAGCUGGAACCCCAUGCACUGGGGUCCUUGGCGGACCUCGGGGCGCCCAUGGUGUACCCUGUGGGGCCCAUACUGAAUUUGAAGGGAGAGACUAAAAAGAAGGCCGAUGGUGGCUGCCGAGGCGGUGAUAUCAUAGAGUGGCUCGACAAGCAACCGCCUUCAUCGGUGGUUUUCUUGUGCUUCGGGAGUGGGGGGAGCUUCAGCGUGGACCAGGUGAAGGAGAUGGCUUGCGCGCUGGAGCGAAGUGGGCACCAUUUCCUAUGGUCCUUACGACGGCCGCCACCGAAGGGCAAGUUUGACUUACCACAUGACUACAUGGACCCCGCGGAGGUCUUGCCGGAAGGGUUCCUGGACCGGACGGCUGGCGUCGGGAAAGUGAUUGGGUGGGCCCCACAGGCUGCGGUCCUGGCCCACUCGGCGAUCGGGGGGUUUGUGUCACACUGCGGAUGGAACUCCACCCUGGAGAGCAUUUGGUUCGGCGUGGCGGUGGCCACGUGGCCCCUAUAUGCAGAGCAACAGUUCAAUGCGUUCGAGCUGGUGGUGGAGCUGGGCCUCGCAGUGGAGAUCAAGAUGGACUACAGGAGGGAUUUCAGGAUGGAGAGCGACUUUGUGGUGACGGCAGAGGAAAUAGAGGGCGGAAUAAGGAAGUUAAUGGAGGACGUCGGCAGCGAGAGGCGGAAGGAGGUGAAAGAGGUGAGUGAGAAGAGUCGGAGGGCACUGGUUGAGGGUGGCUCUUCUUACUUAUCUUUGGGUCGUUUGAUUGAGGACAUCUGGAAUAAUGUGCCUUGAUCAACCCUAGCAUUUCCGGUGUAUGCAUGUUGAAUAAAAAAAUGUUGCUUUCAUUGUACUACAUCAAUUUGCACUCAUAAAAGUCAGGUUAUCUUGAAAAUUUAGAAUACAUCGUUAGCGUAAAAAAAUAUUUU